CUCCCCUUUUCUCUAAACCCAUCAUCAAACCAAACUCUCCAGCAAGAAGAACAAGAACAAGAACAAGAGAAGGAUUCUGCGUUUGGAAAUCACACAAGAACAUAGAGAAAGAGAAAGACAGAGAUAUCUUAGAUCUUGAAAAGCAAUGGCGUACGAGAAAGUCAAUGAGCUUAACCUUAAGGACACAGAGCUUCGUCUUGGAUUACCAGGAACAGAUGAAAAUAAGCAAGAACAAGAGGUUUCUUGCGUUAAAAGCAACAAGCGUCAAUUUCACGAGGGAACAUGUGAACAAGAAGAGGAAGAAGAAUCUACACCUCCUACAAAAACUCAAAUCGUUGGUUGGCCACCGGUGAGAUCUUACCGUAAGAACAACAACAGUGUGAGCUAUGUGAAAGUAAGCAUGGAUGGAGCUCCAUACUUACGCAAAAUCGAUCUCAAAACAUACAAAAACUAUCCAGAGCUUCUCAAGGCGUUAGAGAACAUGUUCAAGUUCACUAUUGGUGAGUACAGCGAAAGAGAAGGGUACAAAGGAUCCGGUGUUGUUCCAACGUACGAGGAUAAAGAUGGAGAUUGGAUGUUGGUUGGUGAUGUUCCAUGGGAUAUGUUCUCUUCCUCUUGUAAGAGACUCAGAAUCAUGAAAGGAUCUGAUGCUGACUCUUCCUUAUGAUGAUGAUGAUGAUGAUGAAGAGAUGAGUUUGAUGAAUGAAACCCUUUUUGAUUUGAUUCUGAUCAUCGGCGUUUUAAGUAGUUGCGUUGACCACAAAAACAAAUCACUUCAGGAUCAUCUCCAAGUGAUUUAUGUUUUCUUUUUUUCUCUAUGUUUUUGUUUUUAUUUAGAUUUGAAGGAGUUUGAUGUAAAGAUACAUGAAAUUUUAUGUAUAAUACGGACACAUACAUAAAUAUAGAUGUAUAUGUAGGAAUGUUCUUGACGAA